GUCCCACUCCACGCCCAGCUUGCCCUGCAGCCUGGGCACGCCCGCCGCCAGCUUGCCCUGGUUCACGCCGCCUGCCGUGCGGGUGAGCUUGGGCUGUACGUAGGCAAUGCCGCCCAUCAGGCGCACGCCCGUGGCCACGUUGCCGAAGAAGCCCCAUUCCACGCCCCGGUUGCGCUGCUCGCCGCCGAAGGAGAAGACGUUGGAGACGGGAUCGGUGUAGCCGUUGGGCCGCUGGAUCUCAUAGAGGCUGAAGGUGUGGGCGAAGUCGCCCAGGUCCAGCUUCAGGCCCAGCUCCUUUUGCCGGGACUUGUAGGGCGCGAACACUUCGCCCGCGUUGGCCGCCGUCAUGGGUGCGGUGGCGCCCUGGCUCAGGCCUUCGAUGUAGUUGGCGUAGACCGAGACACGCUCGCUGGCCUUCACCAGCAGCGCGGCGGCCGGCGUGGUGGCGCCUUCGUCAUAGCGCGCGGUGCGCGCGCCCGUGGCCACGUUGAAGGUGUCGCUGAGCACCUGCUGGCGGCGCAGGCCCAGGGUGAGCUGCACGCGGUCCUGCGCAAAAGACAGGGUGUCGGCCACGCCGAUGCUGGUCAGCCGCAGUUCGGUGCGCGAGAUAGGGGGCGCGUUGAAGCUGGUGGCCGGGCCCCAGAUGGGGUGGUAGAUGUUGGUGAUCCAGUCCUGGGCCAGCACGUUGCGGCGGCCGAACUGCUUGUCGGUAUGCGUGUAGUAGGUGGCGUUGAGCGCCCACUGGUGGCCCACGCCGGCCGUGUUGAACUUGCCCUUGAGGCCGGCCUCGGCCGACUUCUUGUCCAUCUCGAAGCCCAGGUCUGCCGGGUUGGUGCGGUAGUCGCCGGCCGUGUUGAAGACCUGGAUCAGGUAGGCCCCCGUGGAACGGUACCGGGUCUUGCUGGUGCCCACGGCGGCAUAGGCCGUGACGCGGUCGCCCAGGUCGAGUUCGCCGCGCACCAUGGCGCCCUUGUCCUUGGUGUCGUAGAAGGCCCAGCUGGGGUUGAGCAGGGUGUCGGCCUUGGGCGGCCUGGGCACGGGCAGGCCUGCGGCCAGGUUGAUGCCGCGGUUCAGGCCGUCGGUGCGGUCCUCGCUGCUGUACAGGUCGGCCGACAGGCGGGCACGGUCGCCGCGCCAGUCCAGGCCCAGCGAGGCCAGCCGGGUCUCUUUUUCCUGGUGGUUCACGGCGCCGUCGCCGUCACGCAGCACGCCGUUGAAGCGGAUGCCGAACUGCUUGCGCUCGCCGAACCGCCGGCCCAGGUCGAUGUGGGCGCCCAGCUGCGCAUCCGACAUGAAGGAGGUGGUCAGCCGCGCCAGCGGCUCGUCGCCCGCGCGCUUGGGCACGAGGUUGACCGUGCCGCCCACCGAGCCACCGGGCGGCAUGCCGUUGAGCAGGGCCGAGGGGCCCUUGAGCACGUCCACGCGCUCGAACAUUUCUGGCGAUGCGCGGUAGAACGGCGCCACGCCGAACAGCCCGCCAAACGUGACAUCGCCGAUGCUGGAGCUGAAGCCGCGAAUGGAGUAGUUCUCGCUGAUGAUGCCGGUCAUGCCCGUGCUGAACACGGUGGGGUCGGCG